AUGAAAUAUUUAAUUGCAAUUUUAUUAGCAUUAUUAGCUAUUAGUGUUACUUCUGCUCAUUACCAAUGUGGUAGAUAUGCUUGUUUACCAGGUCAUACUUGUAUUUGUGAUAAUGGUGUUUUCAAAUGUGUUUAUGUUUGUGAUGAAUUGAUUAUCACUCAAACUGUAACCGAAAGUUGGGUUGACGGUGCUGAUGGUCCAAGUGUUAAAGUUGAAGUUGAAGCAUAUAAUCAUACACCACAUACUAUUAAAGAUAUUGUUAUUGCCACUGAUGCAAAAUUAAAUGCUGGUCAAAUUUGGGGUGCUCAACUAAAUGGUUUCUUUUUGAAUAUGGCUAGUUAUGUUUCAAUUGCUCCAGGUCAAACUCACAAAUUUGGUUAUAUCAACAAAGGUGAUCAUGCUGCUCGUCUCUGGGUUCAAAACAUUUAUAUCUCAAAAUAG